CUCAAUCUGUUAGCUAUGACUGGUGAAGAUUUAGAAGUGGAAAAUCUUCCUAUUCCUGCAACAAAUGUGAUUGUUGUGACAUUGCAAAUGGAUGUAAACAAGCUGAAUAUCACAUUGCUUCGAAUAUUUCGCCAAGGAGUGGCAGCAGCACUGGGACUGUUACCUCAGCAAGUUCAUAUCAACAGACUCAUUGGGAAGAAGAACUGUGUGGAACUGUUUGUGUCCCCACUGAAGAGAAAGCCAGGGAUUUCUGAGGCGCUCCCAUCUGAAGAAGUGCUGCGUUCCCUUAAUAUCAACAUUUUGCAUCAGAGUUUAUCCCAGUUUGGAAUAACAGAGGUCUCCCCUGAGAAAAAUGUUUUGCAAGGCCAGCAUGAAGCAGACAAAAUCUGGAGCAAAGAAGGAUUUUAUGCCGUUGUCAUAUUCCUCAGCAUCUUUGUGAUUCUAGUAACUUGUUUAAUGGUUCUGUACAGAUUAAAGGAGAAGAUCCAGUUGUCACUGAGGCAAGAGAAGGAAAAGAAGCAGGAGAUCCACCUCUCACCUCUUCCCCUGCAGACAUCUCAGUCCGAGUAUAAGACCACCAACAGCAUGGUCCAGCCUGAACAGGCUCCAAAGGUUGUCAAUGUUGUAGUGGACCCUCAAGGCCAAUGUGUUCCUGAGCUCAAACCUCCCCUGUGUGCCAGUCCAUCUCCUUUCAGAAUGAAACCUGUGGGGCUCCAGGAAAGACGAGGAUCCAAUGUCUCACUGACUUUGGAUAUGAGCAGUUUGGGAAGUGUUGAACCUUUCAUUGCUGUGCCAACCCCACGAGAAAAAGUAGCGAUGGAAUACCUACAGUCAGCCGGCCGCGUCCUGACACGGCAACAGCUUCGAGACGCAGUUGCAUGUUCUCAUUUACUUCAAACAGAAUUCAUGGAAAUACCAAUGAAUUUUGUGGAUCCCAAAGAAAUUGACAUCCCGAGUCAUGGAACUAAAAACCGCUAUAAAACAAUUUUGCCAAAUCCUCUAAGCAGAGUGUAUUUGAAACCAAAAAAUCCAUCUGACUCCUUGAGUACCUACAUAAAUGCUAACUACAUUAGGGGAUACGGAGGUAAAGAGAAAGCUUUCAUUGCAACCCAGGGACCCAUGAUUAAUACCGUGAAUGAUUUCUGGCAGAUGGUUUGGCAAGAAGACAGUCCUGUCAUUGUUAUGAUCACAAAGCUGAAAGAAAAAAAUGAGAAAUGCGUGCUCUAUUGGCCAGAAAAAAGAGGAAUCUAUGGGAAGGUUGAAGUCCUUGUUAACAGUGUGCAAGAAUGUGAGAACUAUACUGUACGUCAACUUACAAUAAAGCAAGGGAGUCAGUCACGGAGUGUGAAACACUACUGGUACACAUCCUGGCCGGACCACAAAACCCCUGACAGCGCUCAGCCUCUGCUGCAGCUCAUGCUGGAUGUAGAAGAGGACAGGGUGGAAUCACCUGGCAGAGGGCCUGUCAUUGUGCACUGCAGUGCUGGUAUAGGAAGAACUGGAUGUUUUAUUGCCACGACCAUUGGUUGUCAGCAGUUGAAGGAAGAGGGAGUUGUAGAUGCACUGAGCAUUGUCUGUCAGCUACGAGUGGAUCGGGGUGGAAUGGUUCAGACCAGUGAACAGUAUGAAUUUGUGCACCAUGCACUGAGUCUGUAUGAAAGCAGACUUUCUGCAGAAGCUGUCCAGUGAAGCCAAGGAGGGUAAAGCUGAAUGUCAGUCUCUUGAGGUAAUCUCUUCCAUUACCUACCAGCAGCUUCUUCAAGGAGUUUACUGCAGUGGGAAAAGCGGCUUUGAGGCCAAAUUGUGAAAGGCUUGUGGACGGUUUGGCAAAAGUAUAGAGAUUGCUGGACCCUUACUAUAUAUGAAUGUAUUGUGAGCUUCCCAAAAAUGAUUUAUAAAGAAGGUACUGUGCUGAAACUACACAUGGAUUUCACGUAUAUAUCUAAAGGUGGGUUUAAUUCUGUAAUACUGAUAUCUGCCAUAUGGAAUGUAUGUAUGUGCUACUGCUGCAGUCGGAUGGACAUUGGAACUUCCACAGAAGAAAUGUUUAUCAAGUGUAUAAAUGCUUUAACGUUUGCAAACUGUCUUGUGAAUGGACUGUCAACUGUACUGUAAAGUGCUAUUACUGAUUAUGUGGUGAGCUUGUUUCUUGGCCACAUAAUAUUCUUGCUGCUAAAAUUGCAAGUGUUCGAUUAUGGGUUAAGAAAAAGAAGAUGAGAUAAUAAAAAAAUUAAAAGUCUUGUUUUUGAAAAUA